UGAACGCUGGGGAUUCCUGCGUCAAUGAUUUUAUAAAUAUCUGAAAGGUGCAUAUGCGCAAGUUGUGAAUUUGUCAUAUACUAAUGUACUUUCAAACUUAUAGCACUGGACAAAGUGCACAAGAGAGGAAAUUGUCACAUGUCCCAGAGUGCUAUGAGGUUCCUCCCUCUCAACAACCCACCUUGAACUCACCCCAAGCUCAGGUUCCUGUGGUUGAUUUGGCUGGAUUUCGAAUCAGCCCCAUUCACCGGUCUGCUGUCAUUCAAAGCAUCCGCAAAGCAUGUGUCCAUUUUGGAAUUUUCCAAGUUGUUAAUCAUGGCAUAGACCAGACGGUCCUGAACAAAGCACUUGGUGCCGUGGAUGGCUUUUUCCGAUUGCCUGCAAAUGAGAAACUGAAGAUUAUGUCAAAUGAUGUUCACAAACCAGUGAGGUAUGGGACGAGCCUCAAGGAUGGCGUUGAUAAGAUUCAAUUUUGGAGGGUGUUUUUAAAACUGUAUGCGAAUCCCUUGGAAAAUUGGGUUCAGUCUUGGCCUGAGAAUCCACCAACUUACAGGGAAAACAUGGGAGCAUAUACUUCAAAAGUGCAAAAAUUAGCAGUGGAUUUAGCAGGAGCUAUCACAGAGAGUCUUGGUUUGGGUCCAACGUAUCUGAGUGACAAAAUAGGAGAAGGCAUGCAGGAUUCUCUCGGGCUUGAAAUCGUUGACAAGCAAGAUGGCCCGUGGAAACUCGUGCCCAACAUCAAUGGUGCCCUGGUAGUCCACAUAGGAGAUCAUUUUGAGGUGUUAAGCAAUGGGCUGUACAAAAGUGUGGUGCAUAGAGCUAUCGUUAACUCACAGAAGACUAGGAUAUCCAUUGCAAGCCUCCAUAGUUUGGGGUUGGAUGAGAAAAUGGAGCCUGCUCCUGAGUUGGAAGAUGCGGAUCAUCCCAAGGCAUACAAGGAAAGUAGCUUUAAGGAUUUCUUGGAUUUUCUUAGUGUUAAUGAUAUUGGUCAAGGGAAAAUCUGUUUCCUUGACACCCUUAAAAUAGUAUAAUGUAGAACUAAAAAUAUAUCGUUCCUGUCUUAAGCAACUUUUUAUUGGAUUUAUCUUUUAUAUAAUUGUUACACCAUAACAUUAGGCCUGCUACUCCCUUCAUUCCUAAGAUUGCACCAUUUGACUUUUCAUAGUUUGAAAGGUAAAUAUCUUUGUUUUUGUACGCUUAAAAAUAUUUUAGUAGUUUCAUGAACAAUACUUUGGGGCAUUGGAUUUUUUUUUUUUUUUUUUUUUUUUUUUGGCCACAAAGCGCGAAUCAAGAUCAAUGAAGUUAAAAUUCUAAGAUCAAACAUUGAAUUGAAUCUAACAAGAUCUCACGUAUUUGUAAUAUUUCGUUUUGCUCAAAAUUUAAAAUUUUAACCCAAAAAAUUACUAUGAGGGACGAAGGAAUGAAGGACGGUAAGAGUACAAAGUAUAAAAUAUAAAUGUCAACGAGCAACGUGAAAGUUACUACAUAUGGGCCAAAGACCAUAGUUAUUGUAAUGUAAACAGUUUGCAAAUUUUCUAAUUCCCUGCAAAUGAGAUUACUAGUUCUUGGUUGU